AUGAUUAAGUCUACGCAAAAACGGCCAUUCCCGAAAAUCAAAGGCGUUCAAAUCGAGAUCCCUAUUGACAAAAGUGUUGCGCCGGUGUGCCAACAUCCUCGUCGUCCCCCAAUUGCUCUUUUAUCCAAAAUAGAGGAAAAGCUAACCUCUUUGCUUGUUAGUGACAUCAUCGAGCCGGUAGAAGGCGGCUGUCAAUGGGUUUCACCAUUAGUAACAGUGGUUAAGGAUAAUGGGGACCUUCGAUUGUGCGUCGACAUGCGCCGCGCAAACCAGGCGAUUUUGCGAGAACGUCAUAUUAUGCCCACGGUUGAGGAUUUUUUGCCCAGAUUCACGUCCGCGAAGUAUUUUAGUCGUCUCGACAUAAAAGAGGCUUUUCAUCAAGUGGAGUUGAAAGAAGAAAGCCGUUACAUAACAACCUUCAUAACCCACAUGGGCCUCUUUCGCUAUAAACGGCUGAUGUACGGAAUUGUAGUUGCUCCAGAGAUCUUUCAGCGAAUCUUGGAGCAAGUUUUGAGUCGCUGCAAAAACACCGUCAAUUUUAUCGACGAUAUCCUUGUCUUUGGUAGCACAGAAGAAGAACAUGAUGCGGAACUAAAGGUAGUACUAUCGAUUCUGAAAGAUCGUGAAAUCCUCUUAAACCAAGAGAAAUGUCUGUUCAAGGUUAAUAGUUUGGAAUUUCUCGGACACACGAUCUCGUCGGAAGGUAUAAGACCGUCAAACCGUAAAGUUGAGGCUCUUCAAAGAUUUCGACCACCAAUCACCGCCGAGGAGGUACGAAGUUUCCUUGGGUUAGUGACGUACGUCGGACGCUUCCUCCCGAAUCUAGCAACAAUAACAGCACCGCUUCGCGAACUGACCCGGUCCGGCAUUAAAUUUGUAUGGGGGACAAAACAAGAGGAAUCCUUCAUGAAGAUUAAGAACAUGAUCAGUAAUGUGCAGCAAUUGUAUUUUUUCGAUAACACCUUCCGAACUAGGCUUAUCGCGGAUGCAUCACCGGUAGCGUUGGGGGCGGUUUUAAUACAAUUCGAAGGUUCAACUGAUUGCGAGCCACGACCGAUUGCAUACGCCAGCAAGAGUCUAACAAGCACCGAACAGAGAUACUGUCAGACUGAGAAAGAGGCAUUAGCCUUAGUUUGGGGUGUAGAAAGGUUUGCGGUAUAUCUUUAUGGGAGGACUUUCGAGCUUGAGACGGACCAUAAACCGUUAGAAGCGAUUUUUCGACCAACAUCUCGGCCAUGUGCUCGUGUGGAACGAUGGGUUCUGCGCCUCCAGUCUUUUUCUUUCAUAGUGAAAUACCGUCAAGGAUCAUCCAACAUAGCGGACCCUCUAUCUCGUCUGGUGAAUAAUCCGCCAUCGGAGACGUUUGACGCGGAAAGUAAGUUCAUGGUUUUAGCGGUAAUGGAGUCCGCUGCCAUCGACGUACAGGAACUUGAAGAUGCCACCCGAUCGGAUUCAGUUCUCAACAGUGUCAAAGAAUGUUUGCGGUCAGGAAAUUGGGACAAAGAGCAGGCUAAACCAUUUGCUUCAUUCAAGGACGAACUUGGAUUGGUAGGAGAUUUGUUGGUCCGGGGAAACAAACUUGUCGUACCUAUUAAACUUAAAUCAAGAAUGCUUGACAUUGCCCAUGAAGGACAUCCGGGAGAGUCCUUAAUGAAACGCCGUCUCCGUGAGCGCGUGUGGUGGCCGGGCAUGGAUAAAGAUGCCGUGUCCCGAGUAAAGACGUGUGAAGGCUGUCGUCUGGUUGGACUACCAAGCAAACCGGAACCGAUGAGCCGUCGCUCUCUACCUUCUGGACCAUGGAUCGACACCGCUAUUGAUUUUUUGGGUCCUCUGCCAUGUGGUUCUUAUCUUUUGGUUAUCAUCGACUAUUAUAGCCGUUAUAAAGAAAUUGAAAUCAUGUCGAAAAUAACCGCGAAAGAUACCAUUAACAAGCUUGACCGAAUCUUCACUCGCUUAGGUUACCCUCGGACCAUUACGCUCGACAAUGCCAAGCAGUUUAUCGGCACUGAACUAGAGAUGUACUGCAAGUACCACGGAAUCACGUUGAAUCAUUCGACACCGUACUGGCCGCAAGAGAACGGCCUGGUGGAGCGGCAGAACAGAUCUCUCAUAAAACGCCUCCAGAUCAGUGCUGCCUUCGGAAGAGACUGGAAACAGGACCUGCAGGACUAUCUUAUCAUGUACUAUACGACGCCUCAUUCCAUAACCGGGAAAACGCCCACCGAACUAAUGUAUGGCCACACAAUUCGAUCUAAGCUCCCAGCAAUUGGAGAUGUUGAGACGGUUCCGCCACAAACAGAGUUCAGAGAUCGGGACCAACAAUUGAAAGAACAGGGGAAGGAAAUGGAAGACACUCGUCGUCGUGCAAGAAAGUCUUCAAUAGAGUCAGGGGAUACGGUUCUUAUGCAGAACUUAAAACCUGGAAACAAGCUGCUCACCACCUUCAGCCCAAAACAAUACCUUGUUCUGUCACGGUCUGGCUCACGGGCAACAGUCGAAGACCUCCAGAAUGGCAAAUCAUAUGAUAGGAACGUUGCGCAUCUUAAAAAGAUUGUUCAGCCAGAGAUUGUAUCAGACGGGGUACCUUUCAAUAACAGUGACGAUCAAGAUGAGUUGCAGGCGUCAUCUGAAGAGGAUUUCCAUGGCUUUGAUUCAGAGGUAACGAAUUCCGAGACUAAUUCAUCUGAACCCAUCAUACCUGCUCGCCAGCGCAGAUCAGCCAAGAAACCUAGUCGGUUCAAUGACUACUACAUGUAG